UCCGGCUGGAUAUUACAAUUGCACGGUGUGCGGAUCUCCGGAAGUCGUUACUCGCAGCUGUUCGGAUUUCACAUCAACAACAACUUACCUCACAUAGGAACCUUGCAGGAGGCGUUUAAGUUUGGAACGGAUUAUAAUGAGACGUACCUAGGCAACACAACAGUGAACGGCGUGCCGGUGUACCAUUGGACCAGCUGCGUUAACAACACGAGAAAGAUUGACUACUACUUCAACGUGGCGGGCAACUGGACGACCUCGUCUACGAUGAGCUCAGUUCCGGUGAUGUCGGAGGUGGUAGGCAGCGAGCGGCUCCCCAAUGGCUCUCUCUACAACUACCACCACAUCUUCACCAUGUCCCGCUUAAUACCAGCGGCAGAGUUCGACUACGGGGACAUGCAGACGCCAGAGAGCGUGUGUUGCCCCGGAAGGAAGUCCGGAAAGGCACCACCUGCACUGCCGGACCGCUUCUACUACAAGGUUGAGAUUGCUUAUCCGGACCUGGGCGCCGUCGCCUUUGAAGAAGUAAGAUACAUAAGCUUAAAGUUCCAAUGUACAACAAAACGCAUUUGUGUCGCAUUGAGUGGUCAAUUCGUCGGAUUCCGCCUUUUAUAUUGUCCAAUCAUUUGCGGGUUCUUCUUAUUUAUGGCGCUUUUGGCACCACUUCAGUUGUCCUUAUUUAUAUAACAAAUCAUGCGCAGCUUGUAACAAAACAAUUAAAACAGCUGAGCUUGCUUAUCUUGACGUCAAAUAAGUAAACUCCUUCUUCAAGCAAAAAUAAAUUUUAUAAUAAGCAUAAGUGACAACAGUUUUGCGUAUCUUAGUGCCAAAUGCACACUUGCGGUCCACUUCGACCUUCCCAGAAAUUCGACUUUACUCGUUUGGGAUGGCGAAGUUCAGCUGUGCAAGAAUAUAUUUCCUAUGUGUGCUUGGUGUAUGGGUAUGAUACCUAAUGAAAUGUAGACUGAAUUGACUGUCAUUGUUAUUUAUUAUACAUAAAUAUUGCUGAUAGAAAUUUUCGAUUAACACGUCAUUGUUUCCUGUGUGGUAUGACGCCUCCUUCGAGCUCUUCCGACAUGAUCGCCGGCCGCUCAUGCCGACGCCGCCAGAUAACACGACCCACCCCAGGAUCGAAAUACAUGACUAUACAACAGGCGUCGCAUACACGACUGACCGGAUGUUCAACAACUGCACUGUGAGCCACCUGAUCACUGACCAGCAAGACUCGCAGCAGAACUUGACCGCCUACCGGUACAACCAUUCGUCCGUACUGGGCAUGAAGAGUCCGCUACAACUACUCGACCUCGACCUAAAUCUAACUUACAUCG